AUGCAGUGGCAGCAGGCAAAAUGGAAACAAGCCCCAGAGGAAGAAGCUUGUGAUGCAGAGGAUGUGCUCGAUUGGACGCUCGUCUGGCUAGUGCUUGGUGUGGUCGCGGAUGUCGAGGGGUUCGAACUUGAGCUUGAUAUCGGAGAGCCAGAAAUCGUAGAUGAAGAAGUCACAGAAGACAAAGAAUUAACGACUGUAGUGGAGCUUGAUAUGACGGAUGAUCCUGAGCUCCCACUGCUACUGGUCGUGCUGGCAGUGGCGGAAGGCGUAGAAGUAGACGUUCCUGUGCUCCCGGAUGUCAAGGAAGAGCCUAUGAAGGAUGAAGAGGAAGAGCCCGUUGUUCCGCUGCUACUUGUGGCGUUCAAACUCGCACUUGGGUUCACGCUCAAGGUGGUAGAAAGCCCCGUGCUAGUCCUGGAGAUAUCGGUGUUGGAGGUGCUGGUGGAUGAAGUUGUUCCCAAGUUCGAAGAAGAGGUAGUUGAUGAUUGCGUUGAAGUUGUAGAAGUAUUGCUGAAGCUUGUCAAGGAUGUCGAGGUGGAGACGAGUGAAGAUGGAGAAGUAGUGCUAGAAUCUGUAACGAUGAUUGUUGACCCGCUGCUUGAGGAGCUCGAGGUACUGGAAGAUGACGAGGUCAAGGUUGUUGAGGUAUCAGUACCGCUCGUUCCUGUAGUAGUUGUGCUACCUGUGUCGGUGGAUGUUGAGGAAGUUGUCAGGGUCGAUGACCUGGACGAGCUGGAAGAGUCUGAGGCUCUGGGAUUGAAGCCGUACACGCUGAAAUACUGA